UUUACAGAUAAGGUGUAUUCUGGCCGAGUUCGAAAAUUGUAUGAAAGAAAAGCAUUGUUUGUUGUCCUUACAAUAACUGGAAAAAUAGAUAGACAAAGAAGAGUUUGGAUGUUUUUAAUACAAGAUCUCCUAAGACCAGCAUCAAAAAGAUGAGUUUCGUGGCAUUGCUAGCAGUUUCAGCUCUCUUUGGAUUAGCUUAUUGCGGUGAUGGAGACUGUUACAACCGGAGAGUUACACCAUGCGUUCAGAGAAUCCAAGACAAUCUCGAAACAGAGCCCGAUUCCUGCCCAAUCAUGCUUCAGCAAUCCAAAUGCGUUCUCUCUGCGGCAAUCGAUUGUCAAAUGGGGUUCAUCAUGAAGGCCCAGCAAGCUGAUGAAUACCUGAGAAAAGUAUGUGAAGACAAACUGAAAUACUUUCGCGAUAAUCAGGAAUGUUUCAGCAUCGCUGUCAAGGAUCGUAAAUGCCACGCCCCCAUCGAAAAAAUCAUGAGCAACAGAACAACACGCAAGGAAGUCCUGAAGGCAAUGAAUGAGACUUGCGUGGAAGUGUUCUGGUUUGAGCGCUGCAUAACCAGCAGCGUAGAGGAUGACUGUGGAAAAAACAAACUUGAUAUCUUUAAGACGGUCUUUACCCCUCUGGUUAAUUUGUACGUUGCCUACUGUAAAGAAGUUGUAAUACCGGCCGACAAGAAUUCAGACCAAUAUUUCACGUUUGGUCUACCAAGCAUAUUCGAGCUUAUUGUAGAUAUAUUUCAUUAUGAUUAAAUAAGUGUACAAAGAUGGCAAAUAAAAAAAUUAUCAUGU